UGGAGUUGUCCUUGAAGAAUUGUGUCAGGCUCUAGUUUGCUCUAGUUGAGGACGUGUAGCGUGGAAUAAAGUGUUGGAAGAAGUAGCCGAAUAUCCUGACUGAAGUUCGAGUCUCUCAGGUCAAUUAUCUACUCUCCAGGGAUUACCCUCACACUUCCGCUAAUAGGUAUCAUCCCCGAAGGUUCGCCGCUUGAAGAUAUGGCGGCGGAUUUCUUAAAAGAGCUGCCAUCAUUCAACCAAGAGAACUUCUCCCGUUUCCAGCGAGAAUCAAACUCCAAAUCCAACUGUAGUGUGGGUGUUAAGAAAAAAGAGGCACAGUACCUCCCAACAAGGGACAUUCCUUCUGACCAUGUCAUUGUGACUGAGAAGACCAACAUCCUCCUCCGUUACCUCCAUCAGCAUUGGGAGAAGAAGAAUGCAGAAAGCAAGAAGCGUGAUGGGAGCAGUGAGGAUGAAGAUUACAGUGAUGCAUCAUCAAGGAAAAAAAUCCGCUUGGACCUUCGACCAUAUCAUGCCAUUCUCUGAAUGAAUGUACUCUCGGUGCCCAAAUCAGCUAUAUUGUUUUCUAUUGUGUUUUCUUUAAUGCAAACUCAGACAAAUCUGCCUGUGCCUUGCAAUGAGAAGCAGGUGCAGCUCAGAUUGUAUGAGAGUGAGAUUUGGGGUCAUUCUGUGAUCUCUCAGUCUAUGCCACUGAAUGUCACCACCAUUGCACCAUCUUGUGAAAGAAACAUGAGUGGUUUGUUUGAGUUUGAGUUUACAGAGAAAAAAUAUUUGAUUAUUGGCAUUGCUGGUGUUGUGAGGCUAGACCAGAAAAUUAAAAAAUUUGUACUGGUACUUCCAUGAUUGACCAGGAUGGCAUGUAUUGUAUGCUAUGCUUGGGUCUGUUUGCAGUAUUGAAAUUAUGCAAGUAAAUGUCCAUGAAAUUAAUGAGCAUAUUGUAUUUUUUAUUUGGGUUGAUUUUUUUUUCAAAAUAUUGGUUUUCCCAUCUGUUUAAGACCCCCUCAGUGGUCAUAAUACUUGUAUCCAUUUCAUUCACUGCUUCCAAAAAAAAGAGUAAAUGAAAUUUGAGACAUAGGACAGUUGCCUGGCAUGAACCAAAGAAAGUUAUUCAUUCAUGUUUUCCCAAUGUACAUUGUUGGUCUCCACUACUGGUAAUGUGGUAAUCUUAAUACCCACCAGCAUAUAUAACCAGUAGAAUACCAUUGUACCAUCUAAUGAAGUGAUUUCCACUAUAAGAAAAAUUUGCUCAUUGUUGGGGACUUUACAGACACCAUGUGCCCUACCUGCAUUAGAUUGUGAUUACCCAUCAUAAUUAUUCUACUCCAGAAUUCUUGUAGCAAAAUGUAUGUAAAAAAAAUUAAGGAAUAGUAACUGAGGCUAGUAUUUCAUGAAUCAUGGAAUGCUCUGCAGUUCUUCCAUUCUUGUAAAAAGAACAAUAUUGUUUUCAUUUUUCAGAUGAGAUGAUACUAUGAGUGGGGUAGCACUUUGGAUUUGUUAUACAUUUUCCAUAUUCUCCAAGAUUGCCUUGACCCCCAGACAAUAAAGUAAAAAUGCUUGCAGUAACCCAAAAUCCCUGGAUUGAGUUGCUUAUAAAUGCCCAAAUUCAGUUAUCUGUACAUGCAAAAAAUUUCUUUUCUGUAUCAGGAAAUAGACAGACCAACCCAAAUGUUCUGAGCCUCUCCUUCAUCAAAUUCCAAGAAUGUUCAUUGAUGUCAAUGUUCACCACAGUACCAGCUUUGGCCUGUUCUUUUUUGUUGUUGUUAAUUUUUGCUGAGCUGCAACUCUUUUCCAAGCAUGCUGGCUAAUGCAGUGUUGGUGUUCUUGCUAGAAUUUUGCUAUGCAAGAUUGCAUAUUGCCAUCAUUGGUAAAGGUAUUGCAGUUCAUGUUUCUUUUGUCAUUGAGAGAUCUUCUGGAGGAUUUGGUUGAAAAUCUUGUUGUCCUUGUGAUUACUAGUCACGUUAAUCAUGUAUGAUGGCGUGAAAGAUCAUAUGAGUGCUCUACAGACUGGUUCCUCUUCUUUUUUUCAAGUUCAGUUGUUUUAAUUGAUCCAUCAGCUUGUCAUUAUCUUCUUUAAUCUCGAUUUUGUGAAAUUCCAAAUGUAUCAGGUGCAGAUUAUCACAUGAACAUUUCUAUCAGAUAUUACAUCUGAAGUGAAGGAAAAGACUUUGAGUGAAGGGACUUCAAAGGGAUGAACAGAUAGACUGAUUUGAUUCACAAUCUCAGCUUUGUGAUUUGGGAGCAUGAAUAGAGGGAAACCAAAUUUCAGCAAAUUCUACUUUAUUUCUAGCACCAUCAGGUUUGAAACUCCUGUUUGAUGCUAUCAUAUGCAGUUAUUCAAGCAGACCUCUCUUAGGGCCUUACAUUUUGUUAGCUGCCUUUGCCUUUGCAACACUUCCUCCUUCACAUCUCAUCUAUCUAUGCUUCAAAUUAUGUCAUAAUUGAUAUUUCAAGAAAACAUUUCUGCAUUUGGAAUAUAUGAUUUCCCCAC